AUCCGCUGUGCAGGAGAAGUGUUUUCUAGCACAAUGAUUGGAAGACUGGCCGCUCUGAUUCUUCUUGGUACAGUGUAUCUGAUUCAAACUGCAGAGGUUCCUCAACAGGUCUCUUUGACUUUGGUUGAACUUGGUGGAAAUGUUACGUUGUGGUGUCCAGUUUUCAGAGAAGGAUACUUUUACUGGUACAAGCAGACUUUGGGACAUAUGAUCCAAACAGUUGCUACAGUAACUUUCACUGGACAGAAACUUAGUCUGCAAUUGAACAACACACGUUUCAAAGUCACAGGAGGGAAGACUCAGUAUUCUCUUACCAUCAGAAAUAUAACCAAAGAGGACGAAGCAACAUAUUUCUGUCUCAUUGGAACAGCGUAUGGACAAAGUUUUGUCAACGUCACCUUCUUGGCUGUUAAAGAUCGUAAGCAGCAGAGAUCUUUCUACGUGAAACAAAGUCCGCUCACUGAGUCGGUCCAGCCGGGCGACUCGGUGACUCUCCAGUGUUCACUUGUCUCCAGGAACAAAGAAGACAGAGUCCAGUGUCCAGGUGAACACAGUGUGCACUGGUUCAGAUCUGGAUCAGGAGAAUCUCAUCCAGGCUUCAUUCACACUCACAGUGAUGCUCAAGAAGAAAGAAGUUGUGACUUCAGUCUGUCCAAAACUAUACACAACUCCUCUGAUACUGGGACCUACUACUGUGCUGUGGCCACAUGUGGAGAGAUCCUGUUUGGUGAAGGAACCCAAGUGGACACAAGAUCAAAACUGGAACCAGUUGUCAUCGGGCUUGGAGUCCUGUUGGCCUGCUGUGUGACUGCGAUUGUCCUCCUUAUUUUCUACGUAAAUCGAAGGAGAGUUUGUGAACAUUGCAAAGCAGAAGCUUCAAGGGCCGCCGGGAAUCCUGGAAAAGACAAAUCUACAGUGGCUCAAUCAACUGACCUGGACGCUGACAGAGAUGCAGUUAACUAUGCAGCACUGAAUUUCGCCAAAAGAAAAGUGCCAAGAGUGAAGAAAAGAGAGUCUCCAGCAGAGUGUGUGUACUCUGCUGUGCGAGCAGACUACCAGACACAGCGCCACCUGUAGGCAGAGGCCUGCACGUGACCUGAACCCCACGUGUCUCCAUAGGGUGGGACUGUGCUCAGCUUUGCAUGUUCUGUGCAUGUUCAUCUUGUGACAGAUGUCAGCGUGCUACGGAGUGACUGUUUGUACAGGCAUUAGUGUGUGACUGAGAAAAGCUUAAAUUGAAA